GACUGCGUUCAUUUGUUCACAUCAGUGACCUUCUUGCUAGUGGAACUAGUAAUCUUGAAAUGAAAGGAGACAAAUUCUGGGAAUCGAAGAAAGUGACAACACGUUUACAACGCUUAAAAGGAAUGAUGUGGUCAUCAUAUAUUAUUCGUGCAAACAAUGUUCUAAAUGAAAAUAAGGCGACAAUUGAAAUACAUCCAUGCAUUCCUUGGGAAAACGUGUCAAGCAGAGAACCAGUGACAUUUUACUUGGGAUUCAGCUGGGCUGGACCUGUAGCUUAUCAUAUUAUAAGCUAUGAUACUGAAAAUUAUGAAAUCGCACAUCACGAGUCAUCCGAUGCAUCUCCUGAUGAAGGAACCGGAACGGAGCAGUCUGAUGCCAGGAAAUAUGAUUAUAACUUGUACAGACAGCGUCAUUCUAAGUUGACAAGAGAACUAAAAUCUAUCCAGGAGGUUAAGCGAAAACGAAAUGCUGGAAAACAACUUGAGAAAGCACAGAUCGAGAAGCUUGAAAAAGAAGAAUCGGUCACAGAUGAACUUCAUAAAUUGGAAUUUGAAUACAAGAAUCAUAUGGAACAAAAUCCGGACUAUUUUGAUGACUAUUAAUUAGUUGAGUAUUUAAUUAAGUAAAUUUUCGAAGUAUGAUUUUCAGAAUCGUUCUUUGUACAGCAUCCUUAU